AUGAAUAGCACCAGCCGCCACAGUUCUCUAAGUCACGAGGAGGAGCAGGAGACAGGACGCACCAGCGACAACAGAGAGGCAAUGUUGUCCAUCCUGAGGACGACCUUCACAGAGGAAGAGCUACAGGAGGCCCAGAUGGCCGUGGAGAACCUACUGACGCAGCUGCUGAAGGGCGCAGGGCCCCUGAAGAUAACCGGCAUCACCCUGCGAGUGUACUAUGCCCUGGUGGAGGCCGGGGUCCUGGUGGCCCAGACCCCUGCCGUGCACGACAUGGAGCUCCGCCACAUGGAGAGGCCGUGGCAGGCCUGGGGCUCCCUGGCUCAGCCCCUUCUGAAGGUGCUUACUGAAGGAUUGGUGCAGCAGGAGGCCGCGGCCUUCGGGCAGCUGCACGUCACCCUGGGUCACGUGACGUGCCUGGUCGUGCCCCAGGGCUACUACCUCCAGUCUCUCCCCGACAACGUCACGCACGUCGUCAUGGUCUGCCCAAAUUGGCGGGAAAAUUCCCCCGCCGAAGGUGAGGUGUUUAGUGAGUGGGUUGAGAGGGAACAGGCGGCGUGGGCGUGGGCAGGGAGGGAGGAAGGGGCCAUGGAGGGGGUGGCCCAGCCGGCCAUGAGGGUGCUGGCCACGGGGGUCCAGGUCGGGGCCGUGGCCACAGGGGAGCUCCAGGUUGACCUGGGUCACGUGACCUGCCUCGUCCUCUCCCGCGGCUUCUACCUCCAGUGUCUCCCUGACGCGGUCACCUACGUCAUCAAGGCUUCCCCCUCUCUCAGGGGUAAAGUAGUCUCGCCCCUUUCUGAAAUGACUGCUGCUGAAAAGGCUGCAGCGGCUGCUGAAAAGGCCGCUGUCGAAAAGGCCGCUGCCGAAAAGGCCACUGCCGAAAAGGUCAUAGCCGAAAAGACCGCCGACGAAAAGGCCGCUGUCGAAAAGGCCGCAAUUGCUGCUGAAAAGGCCGCUUCUGAAAAGGCCGCUGCCGGAAAAGCCAUUGCUGAAAAGGCCGCAGCAGCUGCUCAAAUGGCCACUGCCGAAAAAGCCGCAGCCGAAAAGGCCGUAGCCGAUAAGACCGCUGCCGAAAAGGACGCAGCUGAAAAGGCCUUAGCUGCUGCUGAAAUGGCCGUAGCCGAAAAGGCCGCUGCCGAAAUGGCCGCAGCCCAAACGGCUGCUGCGGAAAAGGCCGCAGCCGAUAAGACCUCUGCCGAAAAGGACGCAGCUGAAAAAGCCUUAGCUGCCGCUGAAAUGGCCGCAGCCGAAAAGGCCGCUGCCGAAAAGGCCGCAGCCGAAAAGGCCGCAGCCGAGAAGGCCGUUACCGAAAUGGCAGCUGCCGAAAAGGCCGCUGCCGAAAAGGCCUCUGCAUAUAAGGCCGCAGCUGAAAUGGCCACAGCUUCUGCUGAAAAGGCCGCUGCUGAAAAAGCCGCAGCUGAACAGGUGGUUGCCGAAAAGGCCGCAGCCGAAAUGGCCGCAGCCGAAAUGGCCGCUGCCGAAAAAUCUGCAGCCAAAAAGGCCGCUGCCGAAAAAAACGCUGCCGACAUGUACGUUAUCGAAAAGGCAGCAGCCGAAAAGGCCGCUGUCGAAAAAGCCUCGGUCGAAAAAGCUGUAGCUGCUGACGAAAAGGCCGCAGCCGAAAAGGCCGCUGCCGAAAAGACUGCAGCCGAAAAGGCCGCUACCGAAAGGGCCACCGCUGCUGCUGAAAAGGCCGCUGCCGAAAAAGCAGCUGCAGAAAAGGCCUCUGCCGAAAAAGCUGCAGCUGAAAAGGACUUAGCCGAAAAGGCAGCAAUCGAAAAUGCCGCUGACAAAAAGGCCGCAGCUGCUGCUGAAAAGGCCGCAGUCGAAAAUGCCGCUGCCGAAAAGGCCGCAGCCGAAAAGACCGCCACUGAAAAGGUCGUUGCUGAAAUGGUCGUUGCAGAAAAUGCCGCUGCAGAAAAGGCCGCUGCCACAUUGGCUGCAGCUGAAAAGGCCGCAUCUUCUGCUGUAAGGGCUGCUGCUGAAAAGACCGCAGCCGAAAAGGCCGCCGACGAAAAGGCUGCCGACGAAAAAACCGCUGCUGAAAACGCCGCACUCGAAAAGGCCGCUGCCGACAACGCCGCAAGAGAAAAGGCCGCUGCCGACAACGCCGCAAGAGAAAAGGCCGCUGCCGAAAAAGCUGCAGUCGAAAAGGCCGUAGAUGCUGCCGAAAAAGCCGCAAUCAAAAAGGCCAAUGCCGAAAAGGCCGUUGCUGAAAAGGCUGCAACCGAAAAGGCUGCUGUCGAAAAGGCCACAGAUGCUGCUGAAAAGGCCGCUGCUGAAAAGGCCGCUGCCGGAAAGGCCGCUGCCGAAAAGGCUACAGCCGAAAAGGCCGUAAGCGAAAAGGCCGCAGCCGAAAAGGCCGCUGCCAUAAAGGCCGCAGCUGCUGCUGAAAAGGCUGCAGCCGAAAAAGCCGCAGCCGAAAAGGCCGCUGCCGAAAAGGCCGCUGCCGAAAAGGCGGUUGCCGAAAAAACCGCAGCAAACAAGUCUGCAGCGGAAAAGGCCGCAGCUGCUGCUGAAAAGGCCGCUAUCGAAAAAGCCGUUGCCGAAAAGGCCGCAGCUGUAAAGGCCAAAGCUGCUGCUGAAAAGGCCGCUGCUGAAAAGGUCGCAGCCGAAAAAACUGUAGUCGAAAAGGCCGCAGCCGAAAAAGCCGCAGCUGAAAAGACCGCUGCUGAAAAAGCCGCAACUGCUGCUGAAAAGGCCGCUGCUGAAAAGACCGCUGCGGAAAAGGUCGCUGCCGAAAAGGCCGCUGUCGCAAAGGCAGCAGCUGAAAAGGCCGAAGCCGCUGCUGAAAAGGCCGCUAUCGAAAAGGCCGCAGCUGAAAAGGUUACAGCUGCUAUCGAAGAGGCCGCAGCUGAAAACGCCGUAGCCAAAAAGGCCGCAGCCGAAAACGUCGUAGCUGAAAUGGCCGAAGCCGCUGCCAGAAAGGCCGGAGCUGAAAAGGCCGCUGUUGCUGCUGAAAAAGCCAUAGCUGCUGCCGAAAAGGCCGCUGAUAAGACAGCCAUAGUCCGUACUUCGGAUACGAUUUCCUCGUAUGUCGUACGACGUAUAGAAUGUCUAGACAUACACGUGCGGGUUGAAAUGGCGGGUGCUAAAAAGGCCGCAGCUGCUGCUGAAAAGGCCGCUGCCGAAAAGGUCGCAAUCGAAAAGGCCGUAGCUGCUGCUGAAAAGGCCGCUGCCGAAAAGGCUGCAGCCGAAAAGGCUUCAGCCGAAAAGGCCGCAGCCGAAAAGGCCGUAGUUGAAAAGGCCGCUGUCGAAAAAGCCACAGCCGAAAAGGCCGCAGCUGCUGCUGAAAGGGCAGCUGUCGAAAAGGCCGCUGCCGAAAAGGCCGCUGCCGAAAAGCUCACAGCCGAAAAGGCCGCUACCGAAAAGGCCGCUGCUGAAAAGGCCGCAGCUGCUGUUGAGAAAGCCGCUGCUGAAAAGGCCGCUGCCGAAAAGGCCACAGCUGAAAAGGCCGCAGCUGCUGCUGAAAAGGCCGCUGCCGAAAAGGCCGCUGCCGAAAAGGUCGCAACCGAUAAGGCCACUGCCGAAAGAGACGCAGUUGAAAAGGCCAGAGCUGCUGCUGAAAAGGCCGCUGCCGAAAAGGCCGCUGCCGAAAAAGCAACAGAGGAAACGACCGCUGCCAAAAAGGCCGCAGCUGAAAAAGCCGCUGCCGAAAAGGUCGCAGCUGAAAAGGCUGUAGCUGCUGCUGAAAAGGCCGCAGCCAAAAAGACCGCUGCCGAAGAAGCCGCAGCCGAAAAGGCCGCAGCCGAAAAGGCCGCUACUGAAAUAGUAGCUGCCGAAAAGGUCGCUGCCGAAAAGGUUGCAGCUGAAAAGGCUGCAGCUUCUGCAGAAAAGGUCGCUGCUGAAAAGGCCGCAGCUGAAAAGUCGGUUGCCGAAAAAGCGGCUGCCGAAAAGGCUGCAGCAGAAAAGGCCGCUGCCGAAAAGGCCUCAGCUGAAAAGGCUGCUGCUGAAAAGGCCGCAGCUGAAAAGGCUGUUGCCGAAAAAGCCGCAGCCGAAAAGGCCGCAACCGAAAAGGCCACUGCCGAAAAAGCCGCAGCCGAAAAGGCCGUAGUUGCUGUCGAAAAGGCCGCUGCCGAAAAGACCGCAGCGGAAAAGGCCGUAGCCGAAAAGGCCGCAGCUGAAAAGGCCGCAGCUGCUGCUGAAAAGGCCGUAGCCGAAAAGGCCGCUGCCGAAAAGGCCGCUGCCGAAAAAGCCGCAGCCGAAAAGGCCGUAAGUGAAAAGGCCUCAGCUGAAAAGGCCGCUGCCCAAAAGGCCGCAGCUGCUGCUGAAAAUGCCGCAGCCGAAAAGGCCGCAGCUGAAAAGGCCGCAGCCGAAAAGGCCGUUGCCGAAAAGGCCGUUGCCGAAAUGGCCGUUGCGGAAAAGGAAGCUGCAGAAAAGGCCGCAGCUGAAAAGAACGCAGCUUCUGCGGAAAAGGCCGCUGCUGAAAAGAUCGCAGCCGAAAAGGCUGCUGCCGAAAAGGCCUCUGCCGAAAAAGCAGCAGCCGAAAAAGCCGCUGCCGAAAAGGCCGCAGCCGAAAAGGACGCAGCCGAAAAAGUCGCAACGGGAUUGGCCGCAGCCGAAAAAGCUGCAGCCGAAAAAGCCGCAAUCGUAAAGGCCGCUUCCGAAAAAGCUGCAGCUGAAAAAGCAGCAGCCGAAAAGGCCACAGCUGCUGCCGAAAAGGCCGCAGCCGAAAAGGUCACAGCCGAAAAGGCCACUGCCAAAAAGGCCGCAGAUGCUGCUGAAAAAGCUGCUGCCGAAAAGGCCGCUGCCGAAGAGGCCACUGCCGAAAAGGCUGCAGCUGAAAAGGCCGUAAACGAAAAGGCCGCAACCGAAAAGGCUGCUGCCAAAAAGGCAGCAGCUGCUGCUGAAAAAGCCGCUGCCGGAAAGGCCGCUGCCGAAAAGGCCGCAGCCGAAAAAGCCGCUGCAGAAAAGGCCUUUGUCGAAAAGACAGCAGCGGAAAAGUCCGCUGUGGAAAAGGCUGCAGCUGCUGCUGAAAAGGCCGCUGCUGAAAAUGCCGCUGCCGAAAAGGCCGCAGCUGAUAAGGCCAUAGCUGCUGCUGAAAAGGCCGCUGCUGAAAAGUUCGCAGCCGAAAAGGCCGCAGUAGAAAAGGCCGCAGCAGAAAAGGCCACGGCUGCUGCUGAAAAAGCUGUUGCUGAAAAGGCUGCAGCUGCUGCCGAAAAGGCUGCAGCUGCUGCCGAAAAGGCUGCUGCCGAAAAGGCUGCAGCUGAAAAGGCCGUUGCCGCUGCCGAAAAGGCCGCAGUUGCUGCUGAAAAGGCCGCAGUUGCUGCUGAAAAGGCCGCAGCCGAAAAGGCCGCAGUCGAAAAGGCCGCAGCCGAAAAGGCCGCAGCUGAAAAGGCCGCAGCCGAAAAGGCCGCAGCCGAAAAGGCUGCAGCCGAAAAGACCGCUGCUAAGACAGCCGAUAUAAUCCGUAGUUCGGCCCUGAUUUCCUCGUAUGUCGUACGACGGGUAGAAUGGCUCGACAUUCACGUGCGGGUCACCAUGAAGAAGACCCCACACCUAGUUUGUUCACCGAGUGGAACACCGAGUGGAACACCGAGUGGAACACCGAGUGACCACCAGGAGAUCACCUGGUGA